AUGGGCGACGGCAAGCUUGUUUUUUUCCCUCCCUCUUGCAACGGGUGUGGCUUGUUCCAUGGCAUGGCGCAUCCCCCUCCCGCAACGUGCUGCACUACGACGGUGUUGUCCGCGGAGAAGGGCAGAAAGCAAGAAGUGGGAGGGUCGGGGUUCUGCGAAAUGUUGUGGGCUUGCCCUGAUUGCACCGUCACUGCCGGGUGGAAUCGUCAUUCAGCAGGGCCCCCCGAGGCGCUAAUUUACGGGGAAGCGUUGGGGCCCGCAUUCCCACGCAACAAGGGGCCAGACAUUAAGUGCCUGCCUUAUCCGAUAUCGCGGAAUGGUCAGCAUCAUCGCACGUCUGGCACUGUGAUUUCCCUGUCGGUCUUUGGUCAGAGUGCCGAGACGAGGGCUCCAUUUUCUGCCCGAAGCGUCCAAGAGGCCGUCUGGGGCACCCAAGACGAAAAGAGAGACGCUGUUACGCUGGAACUGGCACGACUGGCUAGCGCCCCCCCAAGGAUUUUUUUCUUCUCUCUCUCUUCGGUUCCUUCUUGCGCUUCUAGAAGGAGUCGAUCUGCGGGCCUUUUUUACAUGCUCUUACCUUACUGUUUGGUAAUAGCUAGAGGCACUUUUGCAUUUCGCCUACCGCCUGCCGCCUACGGGCGAGGAACUUUUUGA